GAGACCAUCUAUCAGCCAGGUCCCCAGCACAGGAAAAAGCUUCAGAGAACCCAUCGUCUACUCUCUAGUCUCCAGCCUAGACUAGGGCUGGACCAGUUAAGCAUUGCGAGAUAGGUAGCAUCGGUUCAUAAGGAGGUGUGAAAGGCGGGAGGGAGAGCCACAACAAGGAGAACCUAAGACACAAGGAGAAGAACGAUCACUGAUGGAAGACGGCAGGGCUCAAAGGAGGAUGUCAACAAGUACCCCUACUCGUAGAAGCAGAUCUGCUGAUUUCCACAAUUAUUCAGAAAGGAGGCGAAGGGAUAAGAUCAACGAGAAGCUCAAGGCACUGCAAGAGCUGCUUCCAAACUGCACCAAGGUCCACACGGACAAGGUGUCGAUGCUUGAUGAGGCGAUCGACUACCUGAAAUCGCUUCAACUGCAGCUCCAGAUGCUGGUGAUGGGGAAGGGGAUGGCGCCGGUGGUGCCUCCGGAGCUGCAGCAGUAUAUGCACUACAUCACCACCGAUCCUGCUGCCCAAGUGAUGAUGCAGAUGCCUCCCAGCUCUCGCCCCUCGGAGCCGCCGCGGCCGUUCCAGAUCACCCACGCCAACCCGCCGCAGCGGCAGUCCAACGUCGAGUCCGAUUUCCUCAGCCAGCUGCAGAACCUCCACCCUUCCGAGCAGCCCCAGAACUUCCUCAGGCCACCAAAGCUGCAGCUCUACACCCCGGAGCAGAGGGGAGGGCUAGGCAGCAGCACUGGGCACAAUGGUGGCUGGAUCCCGGAGAGGAAUUCCUCCUACAACUUUAUGGAGUGAUGAGCUGAGCUAGCUUGCUGCGUCCUCCUGAUGAGAAACUGAUCAAGAGAUCCAAAGCAAUCUGCUUGCUAGGGAGAUGGUACACACUGGAGGGUCGUUGAGUGUGAUGUAGUCAACUUUCUAGUUUGUUUCCUCAAUAAAAAAAAGUUGUGAUCUUGCUUGCAUCUAGCUAGGAGCUAUGCUCAUGUCAUGUUACUUGGGUGCGUGAACGGCCCAACAGAGUUUUCGGAUGUAUGUACAUAUAGCUAGCGUUAUUGCAAUGCUUAAUCAUGUGUUA